AUGGACAUCUCCGGUUCAACUUCCCUUUCCUCCUCCCCUUCUCCUUCCUACACAUUUCCCAUUCUCAAUAAUUUCUCCCUUCCCUCCUCUUCCCCCUCUCUCUCUCCAUCCCCAAGCGUAGCAUCCACCGCUCUCUUCUGCCUUUUCCUAUCACUCCUGUCUCUGUUGGGAAUUCUGGGAAACCUAUACACUUUAGGUCUUCUCAUUCGGCGCCGCAGGACGUCAAGAAGGCGACGUACAGCUCCCAUCUGUUGUUACAGCCUCCCCUGCCUCAGCCCCCCUUCUCCUUCUUUCUCUCCCUCCUCAUCCCCCACCUCUUCCUCCUCUUCUUCCUCCCUGCACUUGCAGGUUCUAAGCCUGGCUUUAGCAGACCUGGUGUACCUCUCAACUGCCCCCUUUAUCGUGUAUGACAGUUUGGCGUCUGACUGGGCCUUUGGAGAACUCGGCUGCCGGCUCCUGCUAAGUUUGGACCUGCUCACCAUGCACGCGAGCAUCUUCACCCUCACUGCCAUGAGUCUGGACCGGUAUCGAGCUGUGGCCGACCCAUUGGCAGCCUCCUCCACACCGUCAUCCGGACUGUUGAGAGUAGCUUUGGCCUGGGGCUUUGCUGUAGCUCUGAGUUUACCCAUGAUGAUCACUUUGCACCUUGAGGAUGGAGAGAACCAAGAGGGCAAGUUGUGCGUGCCGGCCUGGGAUGAGCAGAGUUCUAAAGCCUACCUCAGUGUGCUCUUUUGUACCAGCAUCCUAGGCCCGGGACUGGCCAUCGGAGCUUUGUAUGCAGCCUUGGGGAGACUCUACUGGGUAUCUCAGACUCAACCGGCCUGGGCAGGAGGGGGAAACGCCUACCCGCCUCGUGCACCUCGCCCCAAAGUUCUGCUCCUCAUCCUGGGCAUCGUGAUAACGUUCUGGGCUUGUUUUCUUCCGUUCUGGAUAUGGCAGCUUCUGCCGCUCUACCGCCCAGAUGUGCUGCGUGCGGUGCCAGUGGGCACGCAGGUCACCGUCAAUCGCAUCCUCACAGGGCUUACUUACGGAAACUCAUGUGUGAAUCCGUUCUUCUACACGCUGCUGACGGGCAAGCGCAGACGGACCAGCAGAAAGACGAUAAGUGCAGCUGCCCCACUUUGCCAUAAAGGCAGCUCUGAUCAGUAG